CCCACCUCCCCCAAUAUUUGAUCCAAAAUUGAAAUUCCCUCCCAUCCCAAAAUUGAAAAUUCCCUCCCACCUCCCCCAAUAUUUUAAUCAAGUGAGAAGGGAAAUCUCUAUCUCCGCCACCAGACUGUCUCCAGUGGUUCUGUCCCCUCUGCUCCCUUGCCGUCUUCGUCGCCUCUAGGUUAGAAAGGACUGAAGACAGUCGAAUCCCUGCUUCCUUUCUUCUGCUCUCGGCAUAUAGGUAUUUUAUAUGCACAAUUUCAAUAUAGUAAUUGUGUGGUUUGUAUAUUGCAAAUAUUUAAGUAGUUAGUUAAUAUCAUAUAUGUUAUAUUCCUUACAAAUUAUGUGAGAUAUACUAAUUUAAUAUUAUCGAUUGAGGAUAAGGCUAACUGUAUAGGAUAUAUGUUAUUCAGUAAGUUAUGAUUGAAGUCACAAUAAUUUUACUAAAUUUGAUAGUUAAUCUUUAGGACAAUUCGAACAAUUUUACAAAUAACUCGUUUGGCAAUAGUUUACUGAAGUUAUUUGGGCAAUGAGUUAUUUCGAAAUAACUCCUUUUAUCACUAUGCUUUUGCCAAAUACCACAAACCAAAUACCAUAUUUGCAUGGUUAUACUAAACAAGAUACUUUAAUCCAAUUACUACUGAAAUAAUACUAAAAUAUCAAAUAAAUAAUUAAUGGUGUCUUUUGGUUGCAAAUAUUGAUAUCACCAUUACUAUUAGCUAGUGUACUUUACCAAUUAUGAUUAAUUACAUAACAAGUUUGCAAGUCAUACAAAUUGAUUUAACAUUUUGACUAGUUUUUUUUAAAUUAAGUAUAUAUAUACGACGUAGAAUAAAUUGGUUAAAAAGUUGAGAAAAAUAUUUUAAAUUAGUGUAAUAAAAUGUGUAAGUUUGAGACGAGUAAUGAGUAAGUUACUCGAUGCGCUGGCCCGAACAACCCGAAACCCGAUCCGCCCGCAACCCGCCCGACCCAAAACCCGAUGAACCCGCAACCCGAUUGAACCCGAACCCGAUGAACCCGCUACCCGAAUAACCCGCAACCCAUUUGAACCCGAACCCGAUGAACCCGAACCCGAAGAACCUGCAACCCGACUAACCCGCAACCCGUUUGAACCCGAACCCGAUUGAACCCAGCCCGAACCCGCCCGAUUGACACCUAUAGUUUAAACUGUCGCUACUGCUUCUCUCGUUCAACUCUCGACUUUAUGAUGGGGAAAAAUAAAAGGGUAGGCGUGGGCGAACAUAUAACGGGUUUGGGAAGAAUUUAAGGUGAUUAAUUGAGUGGUCGUUUGGGAGAGAGUGGUGCUGGCCUGCUGGGGGUAUAUGGGCUUUGAUAUAAAUAUAUAUUUUUUUGUUUACAUUAUUUGUUGCUGGAGACGUGUAGAUGAUGAUGACAUUAAUAAUAAAGGGUUUGUAAAGGGUUCAUUUGGGAUCGGUUAGCUUGACUACCCCUAAAGGGGUAGUGAUUUUUGACACUCCCUUUAUGAUUGGCCAAUUUUAUUUCCAAUCAUUGGCAAGUAUUAAUUAAACUGGUUUUUUAUUUUUUUUAAUCUUGUAAUUUGGGGUCUCUCACCACAUUGGAAAAGAGAAAGAAUCUGGGGAAAAACGAAAUCACCCCCAUUAAUUACAUAAUUAAUUUCUCUCACUGGUACAUUAAUUACACGUACCACUCCACUGGUACACGUACCACUCCACUGGUACACGUACCACUCCACUGGUACACGUACCACUCCACUGGUGCGAGCAAUCCACAAGGUAGGUUAGAGUGAGAACAAUACCAGUGCAAUGAUAUUUUUCAUAACAAUGAUAAACAAUAACGGAGCAACAAUGCAGUACCACUUCAAUGAUACAAAUACCACUCCACUGGUACACGUACCACUCCACUGGUACACGUAUCACUCCACUGGUGCGAGCAAUCCACAAGGUAGGUCAGAGGCGAUCCCAGGAUGGCGGCAGCUGGAGAUAGGAGGAUGGUGGUGGGGGAAGGCGCUGGAGGGUUUUGGUCGUUUCAGAGUAGAGGAGGGUUCUGGUUAAAAUGAAAUCAAAAUGGAAAGAGGGCCCAAAUGGAGAGAGAAGGAGACGAAAGGAAGAAAAAAGGCAAUUAAUUGCACAUUUGGGGGGGGGGGGGGAGCUUUUUUCUGAUUCCCCAUAUUCUUUCCCUUUCCAAUGUGGGUGAGAGACCCCAAAUUACAAGAUUAAAAAAAAAAAAAAAACUAGUUUAAUUAAUACUUGCCAAUGAUUGAAAAUAAAAUUGGCCAAUCAUAAAGGGGGUGUUGAAAAUCACUACCCCUUUAGGGGUUAGCAUAGUAUCCCACCCCGGUUCAUUUUGAUACGGAGGAACAGAUUGGUUGUGGUGAUGUAGUAUAAUAAUAAUAACAAUAAAUAUUAAUGUAUUAUUAUUCUUAUUUCUAAUCUACGAUUGUAACCCUUCGUACGUAACCAUCGAUCCAAUCAUUCGAUUGAACCAAGACCCAAAUGUCGGUGUGUUACAUUUCCUCCACCCUUGUAAAAUUUCAUUCUCGAAAUUUGCUCGAAACUCGUCUUUCCUGUAAUAGCCUUCUUGUACUUCCUUCGCUGGAAAAUUUAACCUCACUAUGCAAACUCCAAUGGUGUCCUUAUUCACCACGUGUGGUUCACUGUACAUCUCAUAUUUCUUUUUUACCAUCACUAGUAUCCCCACCUCGUUUUGUAGCAUCGUGCAACUUUGGGUGACUCAUUGCCCUUAAAUUUUGCAGCUUGGCCUGGUCGUAUGAUGAAACAAAAUUGUGAGUCGGUUUGACUUGUUGGUCCAACUCACUAGGUAGUUGUUUUUGGACCUAAAAAAAAUCAAGGUAUCACAUUUCCUCCCUCCUUAAGAAAAAUUUCGACCUCGAAAUUUGUUCAUCGUGAUAACCCAAAGUCUCACUUGAGGUAAUCCUUCUACUACAGGGAUUUAUACUUCCUUUACUUUGUACGACCUUGAGCUAUGAAUCCUUCCCUCCAAUUCGUUUGGUUCUUGGUCGAAAGACACCCAAUUCUCCUAAACUACUUACUCCGCUAGCGGCUUACUCAAAGCGACUAUGUACUUGUGACAUCUCCCUUCUUCAACGCCUUUGAUGUUGUGACGACUUCUUAGCUUAUAUUGUUCUCAAUGGGUUGUCUUGGGUUUCUAUUUAGGAUUACAUGAGAACAUUAGGAAAAUAACUUCUUAGUCAACCCUAUUUAGGUCAUGACUCGUCGUAACUUCAGCUCAUUAAGCAUCCGGACCUUGAACUACGUCCUCCCUAUCUUGACUGCUGACAACUGUCCACAAAUUCCCUGACAUAAAUGUCCGUAGAGAAUGUUUGAAUUGUUUAAUGACUGCCUCCAAUGCUGGUUCCUAGGUAUCGCUUCCUCUCCCUUUAUAAACCUUGUUAUUCUCCUCUUUUAUAAUUCCAUUUGAUACUCAUACUUGAUGCAUGAUUCACCAUAAAUGGUGCCUUUAUCAUAAGUCAAACCCUCAUACAUUCCUAUGGAUAUCCUUAACACCCCUUCGAACCCUAAGGUUACUAAUGGCGGCCUAUACCCUUCUUUGUAAGGUCGAAAACCCAUUUAACGUAACUCCCAGUUGUGAGCGAACACGCAGAUCCCCUAGGUCUUUGUACCUCCUAGCUCUGUAUCUCUUAAUUUUGUUCCCCAAUAAUCCAUUUUAGCCUUUAAUCUUUUACUUCAUAAUCAUCUCAUUGUUACCUACGGCUUAGCGCUGAAACCCUCAUACCACUGCGUUUACUCUGUAUAAGCAUUAGAGGCAUCCCUUGCGUCUUUCUCUAGCUUGCGAUCAACUUUAUAAAUCCUUUCCAGAAUC